ACAGCGGAGAAGAAACCGGUCGGGUUGAGCCCGGUUGAGCGCAGUUGCCAGCCGAAAUUUCAUUGCCCAUCUGCUUAUUUUAGUGCAGAUGUGAUUGAUAUACAACAGAAGAUACAUUUCAAUUAUUUAUUGCCGUUUGGAUUUACGGAUUCAUUCCAGUUCUCUACUUAUUUCACCACAAUGGACGCGCAACAGCAACAACAACAACAACAACAGCAGCAGCAACAACAGCAGCAGGCUGCCUCGAUGACCUACCAGGAGUUCAUCCAGCAGAACGAGGACCGCGAUGGCGCGCGCUUCAGCUGGAACCUGUGGCCGUCCAGUCGCCUGGAGGCCACGAGGCUGGUGGUGCCCGUCUCCUGCCUCUUCACGCCGCUCAAGGAGCGGCCCGACCUGCCGCCCGUCCAGUACGAGCCCGUGCUGUGCAGCCGCGCCAACUGCAAGGCGGCGCUCAACCCGCUCUGCCAAGUGGACUACCGAGCCAAAAUAUGGGCCUGCAACUUCUGCUUCCAAAGAAAUCCAUUCCCUCCAUCCUACGCUGGCAUCUCCGAGGUGAACCAGCCCGCUGAGCUCAUGCCGCAGUUCUCCACCAUCGAGUACAUCGUGCAGCGCGGCCCGGCGUCCCCGCUGAUCUUCCUGUACGUGGUGGACACGUGUCUGGAGGAGGAGGACCUGCAGGCGCUGCGCGAGUCGCUGCAGAUGUCGCUGAGCCUGCUGCCGCCCAACGCCCUGGUGGGCCUCAUCACCUUCGGCCGCAUGAUCCAGGUGCACGAGCUCAGCUGCGAGGGCAUCGCCAAGAGCUACGUCUUCCGCGGCACCAAGGAGCUCACGCCCAAACAGAUCCAGGAGAUGCUGGGCUUGAUGAAGCCGGCCGCCUCCGGGCAGCAGGGCCGACCGCUCAAUCCGCCGGACACGACCGCCUCCUGCAGGUUCCUGCAGCCGGUGCACAAGGUGGACAUGAACCUGACCGACCUGCUGGGCGAGCUCCAGAGGGAUCCGUGGCCGGUGCCCCAGGGCAAACGUCCGCUGCGCUCCACUGGCGUCGCCCUCUCCAUCGCCGUCGGCCUGCUGGAGGGCACGUUCCCCAACACUGGCGCUCGCGUGAUGCUGUUCACCGGCGGCCCCCCCACCCAGGGCCCUGGCAUGGUGGUCGGGGACGAGCUGAAGACGCCCAUCCGCUCCUGGCACGACAUCCAGAAGGACAACGCCCGCCACCUGAAGAAGGCCACCAAGUACUACGAGGCACUGUCCCACCGCGCGGCAGAUAAUGGCCACAGCAUGGACAUCUACGCCUGUGCACUGGACCAGACGGGACUGUUGGAGAUGAAGUGCUGUGCUAACCUGACCGGAGGCCACGUUGUGAUGGGCGACUCCUUCAACACGUCGCUGUUCAAGCAGACCUUCCAGCGCGUCUUCAACAAGGACUACAACUCCGAGUUCCGCAUGGCCUUCGGAGCCACCCUGGAGGUCAAGACCUCCCGCGAGCUGAAAGUGGCCGGAGCUAUCGGCCCCUGCGUCUCUCUCCAAGCCAAGGGGCCAGGCGUCUCGGAAAACGAGAUGGGCGUAGGCGGCACCACCCAGUGGAAGGUGUGCAGUCUAACCCCGGCCACCACCUUGGGCAUAUUCUUCGAAGUUGUCAACCAGCAUAACGCCCCCAUCCCUCAAGGAGGCCGAGGAGCCGUCCAGUUCAUCACUCAGUACCAGCACUCCAACAUGCAGAAGAGGAUCAGGGUCACCACCGUGGCCAGGAACUGGGCGGACGCGCAGUCCCAGAUCCAGCACAUCGAGUCCUCGUUCGACCAGGAGGCCUCGGCGGUGCUCAUGGCGCGCCUGGGCGUGUUCCGGGCGGAGACGGAGGAGGGGCCCGACGUGCUGCGCUGGCUGGACAGGCAGCUGAUUCGCCUGUGUCAGAAAUUUGGCCAGUACAAUAAGGAUGACCCCACUUCCUUCAGGCUCUCGCAGUCCCUCUCCCUUUACCCACAGUUCAUGUUCCACCUGAGGCGAUCGCCGUUCCUGCAGGUGUUCAACAACAGCCCGGACGAGUCGUCCUACUACCGGCACCACUUCAUGCGCCAGGACCUGACCCAGUCGCUCAUCAUGAUCCAGCCCAUCCUCUACUCCUACUCCUUCUACGGACCCCCAGAGCCUGUGCUGUUGGACAGCAGCAGUAUCCUCCCUGACCGCAUCCUGCUCAUGGACACCUUCUUCCAGCUGGUCAUCUUCCAUGGAGAGACCAUUGCCCAGUGGAGGAAGGCCAAGUACCAGGAGAUGGCCGAGUACGAGAACUUCAAGCAGCUGCUGCAGGCGCCGCUGGACGACGCGCAGGAGAUCCUGCAGACGCGCUUCCCCAUGCCGCGCUACGUGGACACGGAACACGGCGGCUCGCAGGCGCGCUUCCUGCUCUCCAAGGUCAACCCGUCGCAGACCCACAACAACCUCUACGGCUGGGGCCAGGAGUCUGGCGCCCCCAUCCUCACAGACGACGUCAGUCUGCAAGUGUUCAUGGACCACCUCAAGAAGCUGGCCGUGUCCAGCUCUGCCUAAACACCCCCUUCCCAGCCUUGGACCAAAUGAAUGGAGUGCAUGAGGAUGUGUGCGUGCGUGUGUGUGCGUGUGCGUGUGUGUACGUGUGUGUACAUCUAUAUGUAUGUGUGUGUGUGUGUGUGAGUGAGAGAGAAUGAGUGAGUGAGUGGGUGAAGUAGAUUGCAAAGUGUGAUUGUCCUUAGUUAAGGUGGAUCCUGUAUUAACAUUUCCAUUAUCGAAGGAAAAAAAAACCUUUCUUAUCUGGAAAGGCAUGUUUGUUCGUUUGUGUUUUUCCUGUUUGUCCUUUGAAAUGUCUACUGAAACUUCAUACUGUACCUCAGAUGAAUUACUGGUAGUGAUUUUUUUGUUUUUGUUUUAACUGUUAUAUAUUUUUUGUUAACAUUCCACGGAACUGGAUGAUUAUGAUGAUUUAUGUGUUUGUUUUGUGUCCUUUUUAAUUUGUGCCUGUUUCUCCGUGACCCCAGCCACUUAAACAAAUUGUUCCAACGAUUGCUUUAAUGUUCUGAUGAAUGAAUGUCGAUAGUGUAGAGAUGAAAUUAUAUGAGAUGACGUAGAAAGACUGAUUGUUCGAUGAAGAACGUUUGGAGUUGGCAAAGUCCUUGCCGUGUUGCUUUCCACCUCAGUCAUUCCACUUUUCUAUGAAAACCAUGUUUUUCUGACCCCUGUCUCCCCCUAACUAGUGAAUGCCCAAAUAUGUGGAACUGCAACCACUGCACCCACCCAUAUUACUGGGUGAGAUGCAUUAAUACUUAGCUAUAAGAGGAUGACCAGCACCUUUGUAUUAGUCUUCUUCCAGUCGUUAAUAAUAUUUAAGAGUCUGAAAAGAACCGUGUUGUUGGUACACUGUUUAUUAAUUAGCCUUUUAAUACUGUAAAGGGAAUGUUAAUUUGUCCAGACCUGACCAUGUAUGUCACAAUACUAUGCAUAAAGUUUAUGUCAAAAAAUA